AUGGGCAAAAUUUAUUUGCAUCCAAGCUCGCCAAAAGGAGUGGACCCGGCAUUACAAAGGCUAAAACGACAAGCAUAUCAGACGAUUGUCGGUGGCGACAGUGUUCCGACACUCGACCAAGCCGGAAAAUUAGAAUCCGGACUUUGGGACCCAUGGUCCGCACAAGGGGAAUGUUCAAGAACCUGCGGCGGUGGCGUUCAAGUCGAAAAACGCCGUUGCAAGGGGAAAUGUACUGGUCCUUCAGUGCGGUAUGUGUCAUGCAAUGUGGAAGACUGUCCUCCUGGUUCCAAAGAUUUUCGAGCAGAACAAUGUUCACAGCGAAAUGACUCCCCUCUUGACGGAAAGUAUUACAAAUGGGUACCUUAUCAAGGAAAAAAUAAAUGUGAAUUGACUUGUAAGCCGGAGAAUGAGAACUUUUAUUUCAUUUGGGCUGAUAAGGUCAUCGAUGGCACAAAAUGUGACAAGCAAAGUGACGAUAUCUGUGUUGAUGGGAUUUGUUUGUCUCUUGGAUGCGAUAAAAAACUUGGAUCAGCUAUGAAAAAAGAUAAGUGCGGUGUGUGUGGUGGCAACGGAUCGACUUGUAAAACUGUGGAAGGAUUCUUUGAUGAGCGUAACCUAAAACCUGGCUAUCAUGAUGUUGUAAGACUUCCAACCGGUGCAACGUCAAUUACUGUUGAGGAGUUGAGGCAAACAACAAACUCACUAGCCAUUAAAAAUGGAUCAGAUUAUUUCUACUUGAAUGGAAAUCAUCAGAUUCAGGUGGUAGAUAAACCGCUUGAAAUUGGGGGUACCAUUUUUGAAUACGACAACCAGAAACAUCUUGGAAGGUCAUUUGAAAAACUGGUUGCGAAAGGUCCAACAAACGAAGAACUUAUAAUUGCAUUGCUAUUCCAACGCGGAAGCCAGCCAAGUGCAAUAAAGUACGAAUUCUCAGUACCAUUGGCGUCUGAAGUACCGUACAUUUACAAGGCUCGAGAAUGGUCAGCAUGUUCAGUAACCUGCGGGAAAGGCACAAAAACAAGAGAUUACGCCUGUAUUGAAAGCCAGUCACAACAAAUAGUUGAUAAUAAACUUUGUGAGGAACAUAAUGCCACGUUGCCGGAAUUAGAGCGAUCUUGCGAAACAGUGGACUGCGAAUCACAGUGGUAUACGGGAAAGUGGGAACAGUGUUCGACCACAUGCGGUGAAGCAGGAACUCAAUACCGUACCGUUUACUGCCAUCAAAUGUUCGCGGAUGGUAAACGGAUGACUGUUGAAGAUUCUAACUGCACUGCGGAAAGGCCACCGGUAAAGCAAGCAUGCAACAGGUUUCCCUGUCCAGAAUGGGAAUCUGGUCCAUGGAGUGCGUGCUCUGAGAAAUGUGGAGAUGCGCUCCAAUUCCGAUCUGUUACAUGUAGGAGUAGAAAAGAGGAUGAGGCAGGCAAAUUGUUAGUUGGUGAGGCUUGCGGAGAGGAGAAACCGGAGAGUGAACGAAACUGUAAUCUUGGCCCUUGUGAGGGAUUAAAGUUUAAAACAACUAAUUGGAAAUUGUGUGAAAAAUGUAAUGACACUACGGAGACACGUAAUGUUACUUGCGAGGAUGCUCAAGGUCGAAUUUACCCGUUAGAAAAAUGUUUGAACGCCAAUGAAACUUCGGUACCCAUAGACCAACGUUCUUGCGCAACCCCUGCACCAUGUCUUUAUGAAUGGCACGCGUCGCAGUGGUCAAACUGCAGCACAGAAUGUGGACGUGGGCAUCAGAAACGCAGAGUCGUUUGUGCUAUAUAUGAACUUGGUGGAAUAACAAUAGUCGACGACUUUCACUGUGAACCGGAAGUGAAACCAGAAGAAAGAAAGGAGUGUACAAACGAAGGGAAAUGUACAGGAACCUAUUUUACCUCGGUUUGGGGAAAAUGUUCCAAAGAGUGUGGAGGAGGAGUACAAAAACGUAUGGUCAUAUGCUUAAACUACGACAAGAAAUAUGUACCUGAGUUGUGCGAUGAGAGUGAAAUGCCUAAGGAAGAGCAAGAAUGUAAUGCUGAGCCGUGUCCGUGGCCCAAUAGCAAAGGAUGCCCAGAGUAUGAUCCCAGUGCUGCAGAAGGAAGUGGGGUAGCAGACGAAGCAGUUGUGAAGGAGCCGCAGGAAAUAGUGGAAGAACCGGAAAAGGAAGAUGAGAAGACGGAGUUAUGUGAGGUAACUAAUAAAAAAACUGGUGUCAAGGUGAAUGUUAGUUGUUCGCUGGGUAAUGGUACGAUUGAAGAUGCUGAGCUGUUUGAAAAUAUCACAGCAGCUGAUGCUACUUUACAUUGUUCGAAGAGCAAAUAUGGGUGCUGUCCUGAUUGGGUCACUCCUGCAGAAGGCAAGAACAAUGAGGGUUGCCCAAAAUAUAUUUUAGGGACUUGCAAUGAAACUACUUUUGGAUGUUGCCCAGACAAUUUAACCAUGGCACGUGGAUUGCACCAGGAAGGAUGCGGUGAUCCGUCCUGUGCAGCAUCGCUCUACGGUUGCUGUAAAGACGGUAAAAAGAUCGCUUUUGGUCCACAUUACGCAGGUUGCGAGCGAUCUGCGUAUCCUUGCGAAUUGAUGACCUACGGCUGCUGUCCUGAUGGCAAAACUGCGGCGCUUGGCGAAAAUGGGAAAGGAUGUAACGUAUCAUGUUUGAUCACCAAAUUCGGUUGCUGCCCUGAUGGAAUGACAGCAGCUAAAGGGCCUAACAACGAGGGAUGUGGUUGCGCGUUUGCUCCUUAUGGAUGUUGUCCCGACGGUAAAACAGCGGCAAAGGGUCAGUCAUUUUUUGGAUGCCCUGAGUCUUGUGCACGCAGUCAGUUUGGUUGUUGUCCAGACGGUAAGACGGUAGCACUCGGAGAGAAUAAAGAAGGUUGUCCUUGUCGAUAUACACAGUACGGCUGUUGUCCAGAUGGUGAAACCGCUGCUAUCGGACCGAAUUACGCUGGUUGUGACGAGUGUCGCUACACAAAGUUUGGCUGUUGUGCAGAUGGCAUAUCACGAGCAUUAGGCCCUAGUUUUGCUGGUUGUCCGACAACCACUGUGGCUCCAUUCAUAAUUGAAGGCACUGUAGCUCCGGAGAGGAUUUGUAUCAAUUUUCAGCUUCUUCUGAAACACUUUUGGUUUUCAUCAGUAAUAGCUGCUUGUUCGUUGCCACAAGAACCGGGAAGGGCUUGCCAGCCAUACAAACUUAUGUGGUUCUAUGAUACUACGGAAGGAAUAUGUUCUCAGUUUUGGUUUGCCGGAUGUGAUGGCAAUGAAAAUCGUUUCUCUACACGCGAGCAGUGUGAAGUGACCUGUGUACAACCGCCAGCUAAAGGUAGAUGCUAUUUGCCUAAAGUUGAAGGCCCUAUAAGUUGUAACGCAUUAUCAGCUCGUUACUGGUACGAUCAUAACACUAGGCAAUGUGGAGCAUUUUGGUGGAGAGGUUGUCGUGGAAAUGCUAACAAUUUUGAGAGUUGGGAAAAAUGUCAGGAGUUUUGUGCCGGUAUUGGACCAAUAAGUGCAGAAGUUCUCCCUGUUCCAUACAGUGAGAUCAGUGGAAAGCGGGUUCCGGAUGGUAGAGUAGAAGUUCCACCCUCGCUUACGUACCGACCUGGAGAUUCUGUUCACGGUGUUACUGAGCCUCCUCACCUAUACAAAAACGCAGAAGAUAUUUGUCGUCUGAAUCCUGAAAGUGGUCCGUGCAAUAACUUUGAACCGUAUUACUAUUUCGAUUCAAGACGUGGUCAGUGUUACCCAUUCAAUUACGGUGGUUGUUUGGGAAAUCCGAAUCGAUAUAGGACUAAAGAAGAGUGUGUGAGACGAUGUGGUCACUACGGUGUUGCAGUAACACCGUACGGGUAUCGGAUGGUACUUCAUCCUGAUCGCACUGCAACGGCAGCCCCGGCAGCCCCUCCAGUAACCCAGACUAUUCCUAGGAACAGGCAUCAUUUUGGCCACGAAGUUGAGGCGCCCGCGGAGCGUCCGUCAUACUACACGAAAACUCGUGAAGCAUGCAACGAACGUAUGGAUGUCGGUACUUGUCGCGGCUCAUUUGAAAGCUACUAUUUUGAGAAAACCACUGGCCAAUGCCAACCAUUCCGAUAUUCGGGUUGUGGAGGUACUGGUAAUCGGUUCCAUACGAAGGAGGAAUGUGAAGAGCUGUGUCUGCGACCUUCGCGAACGAAACAGCAGAUUUAUGGGCGUCCUGUAAAACCACUUCAAACUGCGGAAUCUCCUGCGCAACAACCGGCUGAAGAUAGAUCUUCUUCGCCGUGUGAGUUGCCCAAAGAUUCCGGACGCUGCAAUAAAUACGAAACAAAGUGGUAUUAUAACAAAGCUGAUGGCACAUGUACACGUUUCCAUUAUGGUGGCUGUGAAGGCAAUGCAAAUCGCUUCGACACAGAACAUCAGUGUAAAAAGGCUUGUGGUGAUUUUGCAGAUGCUUGUACACUUCCAAAAGUUGUUGGUCCAUGUUCCGGAAAACAUGAACGGUUCUACUAUGAUUCGACUAGUCGAUCAUGUGUGUCGUUUGAGUACGGUGGUUGUCUUGGAAAUUCAAACAACUUCUUGACGGUUGAGGAAUGUGAAAGGCGUUGCGGCGCUUCUUCAAAUCAACAGCUACAGUCACUUAGAUUGGCUGAUGGCACUAAACCCUGGUUAUGUUCAUUGCCAAUGGUUACUGGAUCAUGCAGAGCGGCAUUUGAACAGUAUUACUACAACGAGACUCUUGACCAGUGUGUUAAAUUUAUCUAUGGCGGUUGCGAUGGAAAUCAAAAUCGAUUUAACACUCUUGGAGACUGCCAGGAGGUUUGUAAAGCCGGUCAUCAGGAAUUGCAAGGAACGGAAGGACCAAAUUUAACUCCUGAAUUUGACGAAGAUAACAACGUUCAUGAAGAGGCUGAUGAUUCCGCCACAGAAGAAAAUAGUGACAACGAUGAUAAUAAGGGAGUUGAUGGAGAGAAGCCGCUGUUUGACACUCGUCCAGACGAACCUGAAACGGCUGACAGGGUAGUUAGUACAGGAACUCGUUUAACCUCUUUGCCAGAAUUAUGUAUGUUGCCUGAAGAAGUGGGAGCUUGUUAUGGAGAGAUACUAAGGUGGAGAUAUGACUCAGAAAAAUCAGCUUGCGUUUCAUUUAUCUACACUGGUUGUAAGCACAACGCCAACUUCUUUACUUCAACUGAAGCUUGUGAACGAGCUUGCGGAAUCUAUAGAAAUGAAGAUGUUUGUUCUAUGCCAGUAUCGCCUGGUCACUGUGAAAACGGUUUAACGAAAUGGCACUAUAAUUCGGAAGCUAAAGAGUGCCAAGCUUUUAUGUAUUCAGGGUGUGGUGGAAAUGGGAACCGAUUCUCUAGCAAAGCUGAAUGUGAAAAUCUUUGUGCAGCUGAACGAAAGGAUUCAGAGAAAGGCGUAUGUGAAAUGGAAAGAGACAGCGGUCCUUGUACUGAUCCUUUAACUCAAUGGUAUUUCGACUCCUCUGAUAAAGAAUGUAAACAGUUCACUUAUGGUGGGUGUCGUGGGAACGGAAAUCGAUUUAAUACGAAAUUACAAUGUCAGGAAGCGUGCCAGUCUUCUUCGGAACAGCCACUUCUCAACCCUCACGGUAGUCUUUCGCUUCUCAGCUCUGUUCUAACAGCGAAACCCCGUCAGGAGAUUCGUCCUUCUGUAAAGGUUUUCGGACAAAGUCCGUUCGUAGCUGGUACGACAAUAUAUUUUCAAUGCAUGGCUAAUGGACAGAAGCCAGUAAGAUGGUUUAUGGAUGAUGUCGACAUUUCUGGGGAUUCAAAUAAUCCUCGAAUACAGUUAUCGGAAGACAAUGAACGGCUCACUAUUCUUAGCGCAAAAGAAUCAGAUUCAGGAACUUAUGCUUGCUCUGCCGGUCAUAACAGUUUUCUAGCAGAGCCACUAAGGAUAGUUGUGAAGAUGCCAAAAAUUAUGAAAAACUGCGUUGACAAGGGUACUGAAACGACAUGCAGCCUUGUAGUUAAGGUCGAUCUUUGUAGCAUACCUCGCUAUGGAAAUUACUGUUGUCGGUCAUGCGCGACCAGCCGAGCCCACAAACUUCUGUAG